AUGUCUUCAUUAUCAAAUCAAUCACAUAAUGGUUCUUCAUCUCAAGCUGAUUCAUCAAGUAAUAAUGAUACUAAGGAAAAAUCUAGUGGUACCGAUGGAUCUACUAAUGAUAAUCAUGAAGAAUCAACUAAUAAAGAAACAAAAAAAGUUCAACGUAGUGAUUAUGUAGGUUCAACUGGUCUAGAUUCCAAUCGAUUAUCUGCUCAAGGUGAUACUUGA